AAAAGCAUGAUGAAGACGGGUCAGGAUGAGGUCGAGCUCUCCUGUGAGUCUCGGGGAUUCCCGUCAGCUCAGGUUAUCUGGAGCGAUGGUCAGAACACAAACCUCACAGAGAUGUCCAACAGCACCACACGCUCUACAGAUGAAGAUCUCAUCCACAUCAUCAGCAAGCUGACGGUGAAACGAGACCUCGUCAAUAACUACACCUGCUCUUUCCUCGUGAAGGGUGAAAUCCGGCAGGCGGCCACCUUUAGCAUCCCAGAUGACAUCCUUCCUCACUGUUGUGCUCAAUACGUGUGGAUUGUCGCCAUGGUCGUUGUGCUUUUAGCCAUUGCCUUCAUCGCUGUCAUUCUGCGUAGGAGAAGAAAUGGUCAGAAAAACAGACGAAAUGAAUCAUCUAAAUGUGCUUUCCUGUUUCCACACUCAUCUUCUGCCACCACUGAUUCUUUACUGACUGUGACCGAGAACACGCCGCAAACAUGUGACAUAAGCUCAGAAGAAACUGCGGAAAAACCUCUAUCUCUGAGGAGCGUGCUUAUACGGGAGUAUUCAGAGCUCGACACAAACACUGAGAUGAAAAGCAGACUUGCUUCAUAUGCACUUCUCAGCAAAGAAGGCCGAUCUCUAAACAUCAGCUCUAUCCUGCCUGAUAAGAAAGAAAUGAUCCUUCUGCUUGGAGAACCAGGCUGCGGGAAAACCAGCGUGGCCCAAAUCCUGUCGUCCUGCUGGGCUGAGAGGACCACAACAGACCCCUUCAACAUCCGCCGGCUCCAUCUGGUUUUCCAGGUGGAUUGUACCCGAGCGAAAGGAGACUUUUUCCAGGUGAUAAAGUCCAGCGUUUCUUACGAAAAACCACUAGACGUGUCUGAGCUCAGAGAGACUCUUCUGGGCUCGACGGACUGUUUGCUCAUCCUGGAUGGAUAUCAAGAGGGAAACAAGGACCUGGAUGAAACACUCGAAUGGUUUCUAACAGAGCGGCAGACGUGCCGGGUGUUAGUCACAUCACAUCCUGGAAAAUGUCCAGCUCUGGAGAAAAACGUCAGGACAGUAUUACAACUUAUUCAGAAACCAGAAAAGUCUGGAUCAUGAAAUCGAAUACAUUUCAUAUUUGCACAGACUAUGGUUUUGCAAUUUCAUCUUGCAAAUUCAGCAAUGCCGGAUGAUGGAUCUACCUUUUGUUUCUUGGGAAUUUUUUAUAAUCUGACUUUUGAUAAAGCAGAGUCAUCUGGCAGGAGAUCAAACCAUUUCGCAAUACUUGAAUUCAGUAGUAUUUUUCAAAGACCAAGUACAGGAAAAGAGAAAUGAGAUCCCAGCUAUUAAGCCUUAUUACUGCAGACACACAAAAAAAUGCGCUCAGAAAUCACUAGUGAUAAUAACAAAGAAACUGCGAGCAACACAUUGUCUUAAAUGUGAAAUUUUGAAGUAGAAAA